GAACGGGACCAGGACCCCCAGGGGGACAAGGCUGAGCCACCAGGGUGACAGGGUCAAGUACCUUUGGGGGGGCCCCACUGGCCCCCCCCUUACCCCCCGGUCCCUCCCAGCCCGGCCAGCAGCCAGGGUAUAACGUUACCUCCGACCUUCCCGGGGGGCACCGGCAGCACCCGCCUGCCCCCCCACCCCAAAAAUGGAGGAGAAAUCACCCAAAAUCCCAGCCUCCGUGCCCCAGUUCACCAACUGCCCCACCAUGGUGAUCCUGGUGGGGUUACCUGCCCGCGGCAAGACCUACAUCUCCCGAAAACUCACCCGCUACCUGAACUGGAUCGGCACCCCGACACGGGUGUUCAACGUGGGCGAGUACAGGCGGGAAGCCGUCCCCAGAUACGAGAACUACGAGUUCUUCCGUCACGAUAACCCCGAGGGGAUGGAAAUCCGCAGGCACUGCGCACUGGCCGCCCUUAAGGACGUCCACACCUACCUGAGUUCUGAGGAGGGGCAGGUGGCGGUUUUUGAUGCCACCAACACGACGCGGGAACGUCGGGCUGUGAUCCUGCAGUUUGCCAAGGAAAACGGGUACAAGGUUCUGUUUGUCGAGUCCAUUUGUGAUGACCCCGCCAUCAUUGAGGAGAACAUCAAGCAAGUGAAGCUGAGCAGCCCCGACUACAAGGGCCGUGCACAGGAGGAGGCCGUGGCCGACUUCCUGAAGCGCAUUGAGUGCUACAAGACCACCUACGAGCCCCUGGACGACGAGCUGGACAGUGGGCUGUCCUACAUCAAGAUCUUCGACGUGGGGUUGCGGUACCUGGCGAACCGGGUGCAGGGCCACGUGCAGAGCCGCACCGUCUAUUACCUGAUGAACAUCCACGUCACGCCCCGCACCAUCUACCUGAGCCGCCACGGCGAGAGCCAGCUCAACCUGCAGGGACGCAUCGGUGGCGACUCGGGGCUGUCCCCCCGUGGGCACCAGUAUGCCCAGGCGCUGGCCCAGUUCAUCCGCAGCCAGAACAUCCGGGAGCUGAAGGUGUGGACCAGCCACAUGAAACGCACCAUCGAGACGGCCGAGGCGCUGGGRGUGCCCUACGAACAGUGGAAAGCCCUCAAUGAGAUCGAUGCAGGGGUCUGUGAGGAGAUGACCUACGAGGAGAUCCAGGAGCGUUACCCCAAGGAGUUCGCGCUGCGGGACCAGGACAAGUACCGCUACCGCUACCCCAAGGGCGAGUCCUACGAGGACCUGGUGCAGCGGCUGGAGCCCGUCAUCAUGGAGCUGGAGCGGCAGGAGAAUGUCCUGGUCAUCUGCCACCAGGCUGUCAUGCGCUGCCUGCUGGCCUAUUUCCUGGACAAGAGUGCGGAUGAGCUGCCCUACCUCAAGUGCCCCCUGCACACAGUGCUAAAGCUGACCCCUGUGGCCUAUGGGUGUGAGGUCGAGUCCAUCUUCCUCAACAUCGAGGCAGUGAACACCCACCGGGAACGACCCCAGAACGUCGACAUCAACCGCACCGCAGCYGAUGCCCUGAACACCGUUCCUGAGCACUUCUGA